ACAGCAUUUAUUCACAUUAUUGCUGAUAAAUUCCAUGCCCUUGUCUUUUCAUAAGAUCAUUUCAACCCCCUACCAACUUGUUUUCUUUUUGAAGAUUUCUUUUAAAAAUUGCUAAAUACUUGGUCUUGACAGGAAACAUGUGGUAAGAAAGAAUGGACCAGAAAAAUGGAAGUUCUCUCACUGGCUUUAUCCUGCUGGGUUUCUCUGACCGGCCUCAGCUGGAGCGAGUCCUCUUUGUGGUUCUUCUGAUCUUCUAUCUGCUCACCCUGCUGGGAAACACAACCAUCAUUGCGUUGUCCCGCCUGGACCCACACCUGCAGACUCCCAUGUACUUUUUCCUGUCCAACCUAAGCUUUCUGGACCUGUGUUACACGACCAGCACUGUUCCUCAGCUGCUGGUUCAUCUCAGGGGACCAGACAAGUCUAUCUCCUUCGGUGCCUGUGUAGCUCAGCUGUUCAUCGCUCUAGGGUUGGGAUGCACAGAAUGCAUUCUGUUAGGGGUGAUGGCAUUUGACCGCUAUGCAGCCAUCUGCAGGCCCCUGCACUACACAGUGAUCAUGCACUCCCGUCUGUGCACCCUGAUGGCUUCUGCAUCAUGGUUCAUUGGUUUUGUCAACUCCUCAUUGCAGACGGUGCUCAUCUUCCUUGUACCACUUUGUGGGAGAAAUAAAAUAGACCACUUCUUUUGUGAGGUCCCCCCAUUGCUGAAGCUUUCCUGUGUUGACACCACUGUGAAUGAGUCUGAGCUCUUCUUUGUCGGUGUGAUCAUUCUCCUCAUACCUGUGGCAUUAAUCACGUUCUCCUAUGGUCGAAUUGUCAGGGCAGUGUUAAGAAUAAAGUCAGCCGCUGGACAGAGGAAAGUGUUUGGGACAUGUGGGUCCCACCUCACAGUGGUCUCCCUGUUCUAUGGCUUGGCCAUCUAUGCUUACCUCCAGCCCAGCAACAACUACUCCCAAGAUCUGGGCAAGUUCAUUUCUCUCUUCUACACCAUCGUCACCCCCAUGGUCAACCCCUUCAUAUAUACCCUGCGGAACAAGGAUGUGAUGGGAGCAGUGAGAAAGGUGUUGUGUAGGGGCUAUGACUCCAGAAGACUGAAGGAAGACUCUUUCAUGAAAGGCUUUGAAUACAGAGACAGUCACCCCUGUGAUACCCUCCUGUACCUCCUAGUGUGCACAUUUCGCAGCUACUGUUUGCCAGAGUCCCGCUCUGACCGGGCUCACGGAGGAGGCAGGAACAGGUCACAGACCCCUGGCAACCCCUCCUUUGCAGAUAAAAGACAGACACAGAUUGCAUGCUGGAAAGACCUGCCCCUGAGCAUUUGGUUUGAGCUGGAAGAGAAAAUACUUAGUCUUUCCUUCUCCAGUGAAGUGGUAAUUGGCUAA